AUGAGCGAAUUACUUGUUGCUAAACGUGUGUCAUCGCCAAUCAGACCCUUCGAAUUGUGUAAUGUUUCCUGGCAGUUUACUCUCAUCGUGAAACUGAAACAGUUCGCCUCCAAGCCACAUAUUUUGCCUGCUGAUGUUUACUUUGUCGUCGUGGGCAUAGGAGACGAAAUCUCCGAGUAUAGCUCUGGUCCAAGCGAUGUGGUCAGGAGCUUUGGAUUUCCCCUCAAAUCUCUCCCAAAUAAUUACUCUCCCACACAAACUUUGGAUCAAUUCGUCGUCACCGGUCAGGCACGUGGCAACAACUUUUGCUUUCAAAGUCCAUCGGGUGAGCGGUUUGAGGUGAUCCCAGUGCUGUGUCAAGUUAAACGCAUUUCUUCUCGUCAGGCUCGAUCUGAGAACGGCAUACCGUUAGCAUCACAACGAACAUCACAAGUGGUGUACUCAUUCUUCAAAGAUCCCAAAUUAUUCAGUGCCAAAUUGUUGACUAUGUUUGUCAGUCUCUUUGCUACCAUUACCGGUCACCGCUUAUUGAUUUGUAGGAAGUCGAUUCUCGAUGACUUCCUCCGCACCUCCUCGGGCUCCUGCCAGACCGAGAUCCUUCACCCAGGCCUCAACCAUGAGGAGCAUGAGUCCAUCUACGUGAUAUGUCCUCUGAAUGUAUUUGCAAUGCAGCUUGAAAUAAUAAGAAUGAAGAUGGAUGGAAGAUCGGAUAGGUGUCGUCAAUUGGAAAGGACUGUUCGUGAUCAAGAAAAAAUUAUCACUCUUUUGGAAAAUGAAUUGCAACGAACAAGGGUCCGUGAAAGUCGCUCUCGAUUCCCUACACCGAGGGGCGCUGAAGGAGCACCACCAGUGUCGCGUGGCUCAGGUGAGAAUUCCUAUCUACCCUUCUCCAGUGAUGCCUCCCGUUCGCGUCUUCGCUCAUCCCCUUCACGGUCACAACCGUCGUCGAUAACACCAAGCGCACCAGUAGACCCGUCAUCAGUGCCCGUCUUGGCACGUCGGGUGCGUAGCUUAGUUCGCGACAUACGCGAAGAAACCGAGGCCUCCCUUCUACGAUGUCGUGAGCGCUCACGGGCUCCACGAGAACAGUAA